ACGGAUUUAAGGUAAAUAAAAACAAGAUCAGCUGAUCGAGUGUCAAUUUGACAAUAUAAUUUAUACAAUUGGUCCAGUGAAAGAACAAAACCAUGACCUGACGUAAAUCGGUUUGUUGAUUUAUUCUGAUAUUUCUUCACAUAACCCCAGCAUAGCGUUCCCGCCGUGCUACGAGACAUAAUAAUAAUAAUAUAAUACACAUACACCUACACCAUAAUAAUCAUAAUACCGACGAUUGACGACAACCGUUACUACUAGCGCUCUCUCUAUCGGCCAGUAGCACGAAUUAAGAUAUUAUAUUAUAUUUUAGACAGCACAAAAAAAAAAAAAUGAUUAGGUUAGGUUUUUCGUGUAGCUCACGUUCUAGGGUCCUGCUCACGAUCUUAAAAGAGUUAAUAUAGAAGAUAAAACGAAACAAAUUUCUUUCGCAUAAUCGCAUCCGCUUACUUGAACGUAAAACAUAUAAACGUUUAUGAAAUAUAAUUUACUCAAUUUAGUUAUUUAAUCUAUCAGUGGUUCAUACAUAAUACAUAUAGAUAUGACUUAGUUCCUAGCUCGUGAUAAUGAACUCGAUUUGUUUGAUAACGAUUAUUAACGAUGUAUUCUUUUGAUAAUUUUUAAAAUGUCUUGUUGUCAAACACCGUCAAUCAUUUUUGUAAAUAUGAACCAUGAAUUAGGAUAUUAAUUCAUGAUAUGAACAUACAACAACAAUCCAAAAUAUACAGACAGCCGCUGAGUCAGUAGAUGACACUGAUCUUCGAAUAAUAUAUUAUUAUUCAGAAGACGUUCAUAAUUUCUUAAAUCGCUAACUAAUAACUAUGUUUCUAACAGUUUUAAGUUUUUCCUUUAGUUUGUUAUACUAACCAGAGGUAACUACUAUUGUUUAUAAUCCAUUUUUAACAUCCAUACAUGUAAAAUACCAACAGUAUAAACCUACUUACCUAUACUAUGUAUCACCAAAUAGCCCAAAUAUCAUUAUUAUUAUAUUAUUUAUAUUAUAGUUAUUGUUGAUAUUACUGUUGUUACAGCAACAUGUCCAAGCAUUGCAUUAAUUUGUAUUGCCAAUCAAAAAAAAAUGAAAAGCUCUAUGCCGCCCAACAAUCUGUAUGCAAUUAUUAUAGUGUUCAGUACAAGCCGUAUCAUAGGGUUUGUGCGGCCUGUAGAGAGGAAAGCAUACAGUAUUUAGACAGAAUUACUACACAUAUGAAAAACCAAGAAUGCAUAUUCAAUAAUAGCUAUUCAAAAAAAUGUAUCAAUAUUAUGGAGUUAUCAGACUCUGAUGACUCUAAUUCCAUCAACAUUGCAGGGCCAUCGACAUCAAACCCAAAUUCCCAAAUAACCAAAUUGUCUAAAUCUAUACAUACAAUCUGCAACAAAUCUGUUAAACCGUUAGUAACUGUACAAAAGGAGAAAUGCAAAACCUAUUUGAUUUCUGAAAUAUCUGAAUUGAUUGCUGGAAGAGAUCAAGUAAACAAUGCAAUGCAAGAGUCAGAUAAUAGUCUCACAAAGUUAUAUAAUAAUUUAUACAAAUUUGAUAAACAACAGAAGUAUGUGUUUGAUGAAGAAAUAAGUAUUGUAGAAAAUUAUGAACCAGAGAUGAUUAUAGAUAAUGAUGUAACCAUUUUAAUAACGAAACAGUUACCCGGACUGCCAGAAGAUUUGCCAAAAAAAGGUAGAAUAAGAAGGCGCUCACUAAAAAUGGGUGACAAAGUCUAUGGCAUGAAAAAUUCACAACUACAGCCUUGGCUUAAGGCAACUAUUAAAUCUGCACUUAGUGAUACAUAUUUUAGUAUUAUAUUUGAUGACGGAAAAGAAAAAUCUUUAAAAAUUAAAAGCUUAGCAUACAUAAAUACUUUAAGAAAAGCGCAGUAUCCAGUAGGUAGUAGAGUCAUCGCCAAAUUCAAAGAAAGGAACAUUAAAUUGUCAAAUAAAUUCUACGUGGGAGUAGUAGCAGAACCACCAAAAUAUCUCAAUAACUUCAGGUACAUGAUAUUCUUUGAUGAUGGAUAUACACAGUAUGUGUCCCAUAAGGAUAUUCGUCUUGUGUGUGAUGAGUCAGCAAAUAUGAUUAAUGAUAUACAUAAGAAUAUUAGAGAAUUUGUCAAAGUGUAUUUACAAAAAUAUCCAGAACGCCAAAUGGUAAAGUUUAAUAAAAAACAAAUAGUGUUCACAGAUCUAAACAACCAAUGGUGUUUAGCCAAAGUGAUGAAUUUAGAUGCUUCAUUAGUUCAGUUAAAAUUCCUUAAUAUUAAGAAUAAGCAUACAGAGUGGAUAUAUCGAGGCUCAAAUAGAUUAAGCCCAAUAUACAAUCAAAUGAAUAGUAAUAAUCAAGAUAAGCGUAUACGUGGUACAGGGUUGGUUGGUAUUAAUAAGAUAUUAAAUCUGCCUUAUGUUGAACUAGAAAACUUGACUGAAAAUGAAAAAUUCAUUAAUAUUAGUGAUAAUGACACCGAAGAAGAUAGUAAUUUUGCCUCAUCAUUAGAUUCAACUCAGAAAACACAGAAACCUCAAGAAAAUAAUGGUGUUAUUAACAUUAUUGAAAUACCGGCUAACUGUCCAAAACCACUUCCCCACAAAAACCAUCAGUGUUCUCAUUUAUGUAUGUUAUGGGUUCACUAUGACUACACUCAAACAAAAUAUAUGAAUGUUUUAAGCAUUCCAUUACAUUAUGGAUUCACAAGAUUAAUAAAAACAGAUAAAAAUGAAGAAAUUAAAAAAGUAAUAUAUACCACUCCUUGCGGGUGUAAAAUAAGAGAUGAACAUGCAAUGUACAAUUAUUUAAAUGUGACAGGGUAUGGUAAUAACCAAAUGACUAUCGAUUUAUUUAAUUUUGAUUGUUUGAUGAAUCCGUUAUCUUCGUUUAAAGUACCCAAAGAAUAUAUUCGCGUACACGACAUAUCUUAUGAGAUGGAAUUCAAAACAAUAAGCGUUGCCAAUAGUUUGAAUGAUUUGGUACCAAAACACAUGAAGUAUAUAACAGAACGCAAACCUACCUCGGGUGUUAAUAUAAAUUUAGACUCAAAAUUUUUAUGUGGUUGCGAUUGUACUGAUAAUUGUCAAGACAAAACAAAAUGUUCCUGUUGGCAACUUACCUAUGAAAGCAAAAAGAAUUAUCCAAAUUUAUUUAAAGACACUGACAUUGGCUACAAUUACAAACGACUAUACAGUCCAGUGUAUACGGGUAUUUUUGAAUGCAAUAUCACUUGUAAAUGUGCAAAAACUUGCUUGAAUCGAGUUGUUCAGGAACCACUGAAAACUUCACUGCAAGUGUUUUUAACUAAAAAAAAGGGCUGGGGAGUAAGGACACUUGCUGAUAUUCCUAAAGGCACUUUUGUUUGUAUAUGUGUUGGAGAGGUUCGUACAGAGAAAGAUGCUGAAAUUGAUGGGGCCAUAAACGGUGAUGAAUACCUGGCAGAUUUAGAUUUUCUCAAAACAGUUGAAGAGAUCAAAGAAGGAUAUGAAAGUUGUGUGCCUGAAGAGAAAAGUAAAAAAUAUAAGAGUUCAUCUGAUGAAGAGUUUAAUCCUCCAAGUUAUUCCAAGAGUAAAAUGAGUAUGUUUAAAUCUAGAAGGUCAUUAAGGAAGAAUUUACAAAACACAAAUACAAAAAUUGAUGGCAAACAUCAAUUGUCUAAGCUAAAUACCCAACAAAAAUUUAAAAAUAAACACAAAUCUAUGCUAGAAUACUUAUACAAAGACUGUGGUGUUUACACAUUGGAUGCUAAAGUCAGUGGGAACAUAGGUCGUUAUUUCAAUCAUUCCUGUGACCCAAAUAUAUUUAUUCAGAAUGUUUUUAUUGACACUCAUGACCUUAGAUUUCCAUGGGUAGCAUACUUUGCGUUAUCAAAUAUUUCAGCUGGAACUGAACUAGCGUGGAAUUAUAAUUAUAUUAUAGGGAGUGUGCAAAACAAAAGACUGAAGUGCUACUGUGGAUCAAAAAAUUGCAAAGGCAGACUAUUAUAAUUUUUAUUUAUGAUCAAUAUUUUUUUAAUUAUUAUAUGUUUUUCUACAAUAGAACAAAAGAUAUUAUAUUUAAAUGAUUUAAAUGUAAAUUAUUAUAUAAAAAUAUUGAUAAAUUUAAUUUUGUAUUUUCUUGAUAUUUUUUUUAUCUUAAAUUUUACAAAUACAACAGAUUACACUAGUUGCUUA